UUGAGCGCAGAGAGCAGGUGCGACGCAGGGUAUAGGACCUUCAUCGACGCUGACAGCGUCGCGGACGGUGGCGACGACGGCGAGCGUUCUGGCCGGAAUCGGCAAGCAAUCUGCCUUUCUGGGUGUUGAUCGCCGGUACCGGCUCGGGAGCCGCUCAAGGAGCGGAAGUAGUUCCCCCAGGUUGCCCUCCGCUCCCAGGACCUUGGAGGCGCCAGCUCACAUCCUCAGAGAUGCGAAUAUGAGCGUCCUCAUUAUGAAUCUCUGUCUGGUACUUGCUGUCCUUGCGGCGCGGCUUGUCGACGCGUCGGACUGGAUAGACUAUCCAAAUAAUGGGGAGGCAACCAUGACCCAUUACGACCUGCCAAAGGAUUACAUCGCGUCCUGCGGAUGUGUGGGGGGAAGCACCAAGUACCCUACUGCGGCACUGUCGCAAAUGGCUUAUGGCAGUAGUGCUGCGUAUGGACCCGCUUGUGGCCGCUGCUUCAACCUAACCCUACUCAACACAUACGCCUCGAACCCCCCAUUCUUUCCCGACGAAACCAAAUCUAUUGUUAUCAAGAUCACCGACAAAUGCCCUCUCACCAAGGAUGGAUGGUGCUCCGGUACCAACGACAAAACUAAUCAUGGCGGUCAUCAACUCAACUUCGACCUGGCAUACCCGUCUGACGCUAUACCCGACGACUUCUUUCCUUCGAAUGCCUCUUAUUACGGAUUUACUGACUUUGGCGUAUGGAACAUAACUUAUGAGGUUGUUACUUGCGAAGGUAACUGGGCGGGCUUCGAUGAUACCUCAGCCCUCGGCGCGGUCGACUAUCUUGGCCCCGAGAGCGCGUGUUGCCCUGUAGAACCCACCGGCAAUUCCAACGAUACUUGUCCGUCUUACUCAGACCACAACGGUAUUGCGCCCGAUGCCACGGUACCGGGAUCCGCAUGGACAAAUAACGUCUCGAUGCCUCUCGCUCUUGUACUCUUCGGGUUUGUUGUUGUACUUACUCACUAGACCAAAUACACUCUAGAUUGUACGCGGAUCCUGCCGCUUUGACGCCAUCUUAGUGAAAGACUGAGAUGCUCUCUUCGUCGAUACUCGGUC